AUUUGUCACUGGCACUGGGGUUUUUGUCCUUGCGCGUUCUGUGUACUUGUGCAGUCGGUGUUCGCGAGAGUUGCGGAAUAUUUUUUUAAGUAAGUGUACGCGAAAACUCUGCUUUAAGUGGAAUUUAUCUUUUCGUUGGUGUGCUGAGUUGUAAUGAAAUAGAGGGGUACACCUUAGCUUCGGAACAUUAACAUGAAAAUGGUCUUGUCUCAACGCCAGCGAGAAGAGCUUAAUAAAGCCAUCGCUGAUUAUUUGAACAGUAACGGUUACACGGAAGCUCUCGAUGCUUUCAAAAAGGAAGCGGACAUGCCGGGCGAGGUCGAACGAAAGUUCGGCGGACUCCUGGAGAAGAAAUGGACUUCCGUUAUCCGACUACAGAAAAAAGUGAUGGAACUGGAGUCGAAACUGAACGAGGUGGAAAAAGAGUACAUAGAGGGGGCGCCGACGAGGGGUAAAAGGAGUCCGGCGGAAUGGAUACCACGGCCGCCAGAGAAGUUUUCACUGACCGGGCAUCGAGCGCCAGUCACUCGGGUUAUAUUCCAUCCCGUAUUUAGCCUUAUGGUUUCGGCGAGCGAAGACGCGACCAUGAAAGUUUGGGACUUUGAAACUGGAGAGUAUGAAAGAACCCUAAAAGGUCAUACCGAUCCCUUGCAAGAUAUCGCUUUCGACGCAUCUGGAAAAUUGCUGGUGUCUUGCAGUUCGGACAUGAGUAUCAAACUGUGGGAUUUUCAACAAAGUUUCGAUUGCAUCAGGACAAUGCUAGGCCACGAUCACAACGUGUCCAGUGUGGCGUUCAUGCCCGCCGGCGACUUUGUCGUAUCGUCGAGUCGCGAUAAAACCAUCAAAAUGUGGGAAGUCUCCACGGGUUAUUGCGUGAAAACUUACACCGGCCAUAGAGAGUGGGUGAGAAUGGUUAGACCGUCGCACGAUGGAUCUCUAUUGGCGAGUUGUUCCAACGAUCAAUCUAUCCGGAUUUGGAUUGUUUCUUCGAAGGAGUGCCGCAGUGAGUUGAGGGCCCACGAUCACGUCGUCGAAAGUAUCGCGUGGGCGCCAGAGUCGGCUGCCGGUUCUAUUAACGAAGCGGCUGGAGCCGAUAAUAAAAAGGGAGUCCAUCUGGGUCCAUUUUUGGCCUCCGGCUCCAGAGACAAAACUAUCAGGAUUUGGGACGUGGGAGCCGGGAUCGCUUUAUUUGUGUUGACCGCUCACGACAACUGGGUAAGGGGCGUGGUAUUUCAUCCGGGAGGUAAAUUUUUAGUGUCGGCCAGUGAUGAUAAGUCGAUGCGAGUGUGGGAUUUAAGGAACAAACGUUGCAUGAAGACGCUGGAUGCGCAUAAACAUUUUUGCACUUCAGUAGAUUUUCAUCGGUCUCAUCCAUAUGUAAUUUCGGGUAGUGUCGAUCAAACUGUGAAGGUGUGGGAGUGCCGCUAAAGGUUCGCCAAAUCCUUUGACAUAAGUUUAAAAAAAAAUACAUCCACGCGGGUCAGAAUGCGUCGUCAUUCAGGUGGAUCGAGCUUCACGGCGACAGGUUCUUUCUGUUGGUUCCCAUCCAUAAUUUCGCAGUCGAAACAAUUAUUUUGCUGGUCAAUCGUAAGAUGUAAGUUUUUUUUGUAACGAUUAUUGGCGAUUGAUAACGAUAGGAUUAAAAAAAAAGUUGUUUUGAUUAAAAGUUGAAUACCGAUUUAACUAGUUAACUUAUUUUUGUCGUUUAAUAGGUAUUCUUCCCUCUCUUAGAGAUUACAAUUUAAAUUAUCUAAUGUACAAUUCUGUUUUCUAUGUGAUAUUAUAAUGAUCAGUCUAGCGGUGAUUUAGUUUAAUUUACAAUAAUCUUAGACGCUUUUGGACUUCAAUGCGCAGCACUAGCUUUAUCCAAUAACUUCAUAGAUGUAUAUUUUUUAAGCUUGUUUAAAGAAGUCUAAUAAUAGCGAUUUUCGAGAAGGGCUCAAGGGGUUACUAAGGGAUUUCGGCAAACUUCGGCGAUCUUACCUAUAAAAUGUUUAAAAAAUGGAUGGUACGAUAUAUGAUGGUAUUUAAAUGACAUGUGGGAAUUAGCGAUACUAAGUGUGCCAAGUUUGCUAGGGGUUAGUUUGCGCGAAAGCUUUGUUCAAAGUUUGCUGAAAUUUUUUAAACUGGAUGUAUAUUUAUUUUGUCAAUAACUUUUCCAAUAUUAGGUAUUACUAAAACUAGAAUAAUUCAGCACAGCUUACGUACCAGUCUCAAUGUUUUUUUAAAUUUCUUUAUUUGUAUAUGGAGAUUUGUUGUUUUGUUUUUUGUUAAGAUUAUUUAAUACUCAUUGACGCGUUUUUUUGGGAAUACUUCCCCAGUAAGGUAACUUUCAUUCUUUUUUUUUUUAAGCAAAAUAAUAAUCUAACCCGCUUGCUUAACUGCAUGUGCACAAUUGUUCAUUAGUCGUUACGUACUUUUACAUGCAUAGGAUAUAUAUCUUGUUUUAGUAGACCUUGUGAAUAUUUUUUUCUCUGUAUAUAAUUAUAAAUAAAACAAUUUCUCAUU